GGACAAACCAUUUUGGGGUAGUGUCACUAGCUCUAUAGGAACACAAUUUCCCUAUUAGGGUUCUGCUAAAAGUAAUCCAAAAAACAAACAAAUGGAGGACAAGGGCAAGAAGUGUGUCUCAGGCCAACCAUCCUUUCUCAACAGGCCACCAGUUUCUUCCAAAUCCUUCACCGCAACUCCUCCGCCCACCUCCCUUCCCGCGGCUAGUGGUUCAUGUGACGUAGGGUGGCAGCAUUUGCAACCCUACUCUACAAACCAUGGUGAGACCGGUAGUAACCAAACCCAGUUUCAUCUAGAGUCAUUCGAAGGCAUGUCUCGUUCUCCGAUAUCGUUGAACGACAAGCCUCAGAUUCCACCACCUCUACUCUCUAGGAAUCCGAUCAAGUCGGUUAUGCCAUCUUCUGAUAACCAUGGCGGUAUUACUGUCAAGACUGAGCUAGGGAUCGAUUACGAAAUGAAAUUGGGGCGUAACAAGGGCACUAACAUGGAUGAUAAAAGGUUCAGAAGGAUUCUAUCGAAUCGAAUUUCGGCUCAAAAAUCCAGAACGAGGAAGCUUCAAUACGUUAACGACAUGGAAAGGAAGAGAAAAGAUCUCGAGGUGGAAAUUGCAACGCUUGCCCCUCUUAUAGAAAAUGAGCAAGAGAAGCAGAAACGGCUGCAAAUGGAGAACUUUUUUCUGAAAGAAAGGAUUUGUGUUUGUGAAGACAGAGCUAAACUAUCAAUUGCUCUGGUAGAAGAGAACAGGGCAGUGAUAAGGAGGCUGAAGGAAGUAUACGCGGCUCAACAAAACAUGAUGUACUCCUUGCAAGUAGGAGAUCAAGACUUCUGGAACAGUAAUGAUGAUGAGCAGAUGAUGAUGGUGAUGAUGAUGGGGGAUUCCGAUUCUUCACCAAAGGCACCAAUGGCGGAGGACCAGGCCCUAAGCUUCAACUCCCUCGCCAUUGAUCCUCCAAACAGCUUGCAUGAUCAUGUCAAGUACUAGUAAUUGAUUAAAAUCCUCCUUCCUGCGUUUUAGACUAUCGCGAUCUGUGUGUUUGUUUGUUUGGUUGCUUGCUGGGUUGUUUGUUUUGCAUUAGAUUCUACAGUUUGUUGUGAUGAGUUUGCCAUCCAUGGACAUCAAGCUUGUGAUUUUGAAUUUAAUUACCUUGUGAGUUGUGAUUUGAUGAAAAA